AUCGUGCCCAACCUACAGGCAGCAGUGGUGUGCCGUAUUGAUCGGGGAAGGUAUGUGCGGCCGCUCCAACUCUCUACUCACAACGCUGGAAUACUCACUGCGGCUAGCAGCAUUCCUCACCAGCUGAUCACCAACUGGCAAAGGCAUUACUUGUGAGGGGAUGUAUACGCUAUAAGCUAUUAGCUGCUUAAAACGUGCAAUUGGAGCAGUUGGGGUACCAUCAGAACUUAUUUCUACAUGAGGAGUUAUAACAAGGAAGACGUCUUUGGUGAUCAAAGUGAAGACAACUUGUGAGAGAUUUUCUACUGAUUAAUUUAAUGUUUGUUUACACUGGCGUGAGGAGAUAUGCUAGCUGUGAGGAGGCGGCUCAUACGGAGAAAACAGACAGUGUCCUGUGCUUGGCCAAGCUGUGAAUAGACAACAUUGAUAUAUAUAUUUGACAUUUGGCAGAUAAGCCUUUCGUUGAGCUUAGUUCCAGCAAAGGGACUAUUCUAUUAGGUUUUACAGCCCAACGUCCAGACAAUAUAAACGCCUUCUGUUACCAGCGGGAGCCUGUCAUCAAAAGUGUUUAUGCCAUAUGCUUUUGCGAUAACCUCUGAUCAGGUGUGGUGAUUGCGUCAAAUUUCAGACUUAAAUAUCCACCCGCUGUCUUCCUGUUUGGAAUCAGUGUUUACGAACAUGACACACUGGAGGUGAGAAGCGUCGAGAGUGUUUUCAAAUGCAUAACGCUUGCACAACACGUGGAAUUCGAGACGUCUUAAAGGGAUUUAAGCAAUUAAGGAAUAUCAUUUUCCGUGUAUAAAGCAAGGGCGAGUAUUAUCUAACUGUUCUCCAGCGGGAGUGCAGGAGAGUAAUGCUGCUGGAAUCAUCCAAACCGGCCCGUCCGCCUAAACCUUCACAGUAUGACGGGUGUAUAGAUUUCAGCGAAUACCUUGUAAUUGGAUUUAAAGAAGUGUCUCCGUGAUGAAUGUGGGUGAGGCGAUGUAAUUGGAUUAACCAUCUCUGCUUAUAAAUGGUAGCUCGAGUGCCCAGUUGUUGCAUGGACGUGACGACUAGAGCAGCAAUGGUAAAUGAGACAGACACGCACCUGUUCAAUGCUGAACACUCAAAACCUGUGUGGAGCUUCUACGUCAUCUGGGGACUCUCCAUUCCGAUGGUGUCAGUGACGUUCAUGACGUUGAUGGCCAACGGAACCGUUCUGUUGAUGUUCAUCUUAACGCGAGUGUUGCGAAAGUGUAAAAAUAUAUACAUUGCUAGCCUUGCUAUGGCGGAUUUUUUAAUCGGGUGCACCAUGUCAAUCGCGAUGCUUCAAGAUCUGAAUCCAAACUGGGCCCUUGUGGGCUGCGCUUGUAAACUGAGUCUUACUUUUCGCCAUUCCUUAUUGUACGUAUCCCUACUUAGUAUUCUCCUUAUCAGCAUUGAUCGAUGGUGGUCCAUCCACUACCCAUUCUCCUACCGAGUUCGACAAAGCCGGAGGCUGGCUCUUGGUAUUGUCUGCCUGUGCUGGUUCCUCAGCCUGGCGUUACACAUUCCACCCAUAGUGCUCUGGGAACUUAUAGCAGACAUUGAACCAAAUUCAACAUCUUCAGCGUCAUAUAUUUGUGAUGUACCUUACAGGAGAGACUUUGCUUUUACACUCACUGCCUCGGCUGUUGAAUACCUGUUCCCAUUAAUGGUGUUGUGGGGACUUAACUGUAGCAUUUAUUUUAAAAUCAGCAGGCGGAAAAGUAUGAAAAUCCGACGAUCUCUUAGUGCAUCAGACACAUUCAUUCUCACAUAUCGAAAAUCUUCAUCUGAAUCUGACUGUACUACUAACCCAUCUGACGAAAGUGCAGAUCUGUUUCCUAACAGUUUCUCUCGACUUGAUAUUAGACGCACGUCACUAAUCAUGAACUCGACCAGGCGUCACAGCCUUGCAAACUACCUGACACCUCCCAGAGCAUCAUCUGCACCCGCUCAGUACUCGAGGAUGAGCGUAAAACGACGUGUGUCCUUCGACACCCUGAUGGGUCAGACAGCCUACAGACCCAGUGCCAUCAGGAAAUCCUCCAUGUGUGGAACCGGACUAAGGAGUAGCUCCAUCAUCAGGAAGCAGAGUGACGACCUUGUGAGGGACCUUCUCGUGAAACAGGACAAAAAAGCGGCAUGUUCCUUGGGCAUGUUGGUGCUUGUGUUCACGUUGUGCUGGACCCCCUAUAUGGUGAGCAGUGUUGUAUAUGCCAAGUGCGAUACGUGUCUAGCGUCCUGGGUUCGAACAGUUGCAUUUUGGGUGCUCAUGGCCAACUCGGCUAUCAACCCUUUCUUAUACGGACUUCUUAAUGCAGAGUUCAGGAAGGUGCUCAGACAAUGGUUUUUCUGCCCUAAAACGAGGAAGUACAGGCUGAAAGAAGCUUUGCUAUACUGGAACCUUCAGCAAGGCAUGGACUCGGAUGGUGUUCGCGACAAUGGAUUCUUUCCAGCGGUGCGAGAAUAGUGCAACCAAAGACAUGGCCUGAAUGCUGUGACGUGUAUGGAAGGUUGACUAUAUGUAUUCCAAAGAGAACAAAUUUGUUAUUUAAUAAUGCUUACCUGGUGAUAAACUGUGAUUAACGAUGUCUCAAGUAUGUAUCACCUUUGUCAUGAUGUCCCGGACUGUGAUCCGUAGAUCCCACGUGAUUCUUGUUCUACACCAAUCAUCUGUACAUGUUGUGAGCUUACAACACUGCCACAGCAAACUCCUUACACGUCAUGUGUGUGUUUUAUAGGUGUACAAUGGUGACACUCGCAAUGUAUUUUUACAUGGGAACGCUAUUCCGGUGAUACGGUGAUGGCACUGCAUAUCUCACUGGUAUACACUGUGGUCCAGAGACUCUCUAUUGUGAUAGCUGUUUCACCAGUACUGGUUUGUAUGUCUUUCACUAUACAUGAGUAAAUCUCUAAUCAUGGUAUAUAUAUUAAUGAAUACAUAUAUAUAUAUAUGAAUGAAGCUCAUAGUUGUCAAAAUUUUGUACGUUUUAUUUUUCGAAUUGACGUUGUCUAUUUGUUAUACAUUUGCAGUAAUAUUACAGUAAGAUGUAUAUUAUGCUAAUUGUUAUUCAUAUAAAAGAAAGUGCCACUGAC